CAAAACCCAAAACCACUUGCUUAGCUAUAUUGAAUCUCGAAUAGCUCUGUCAAUGUCUAAUACAAACACAGAUAUAUUGCUGGCCGGCGCAAUCGCAGCAUUUACAGUCGAUCUUCUCGUCUAUCCGCUCGAUACAAUCAAGACCCGAUUGCAGUCGCCCGACUACAAACGGCUAUAUACCAGCAACAAUGGAGCAGUCAACAGGUCUGCCUUAUUUCGCGGGGUCUAUCAAGGCCUAGGAAGUGUCAUUUUAGCUACUUUACCUUCAUCAGGAGCAUUCUUCACUACAUACGAAGGUGUCAAGUCCAUUCUGAGCCAGCAUAACCCAUCAAUAUCCUCCUCAUCGAGCUCCUCUGGCUCAUCUCCGCUUCUUCCCCAAGCCGUCAUCCAUUCCCUGUCAUCCGCCGUCGCCGAAUCUGUCAGCUGCUUUAUUCUUACACCCGCCGAGGUACUCAAGCAAAAUGCGCAAAUGGUAUCCACAUCUUCAGCAUCUUCUUCUGCAGCAGCCACUUCAUCAACGAUAUACUCCCGUAUCAACUCAAAUGCAACACUUCAAGCCCUACGACGCUUCAAGCGCCCUUCACAGCUAUGGAGCGGGUACGGCGCGCUGGUUGCGCGUAAUCUUCCGUUCACAGCCAUGCAAUUUCCCAUGUUUGAGCAUUUGAGAGACAGAAUCAAGAAGUAUAGAUCCGAUAAUCAUCUCGCCACAGGCACGUUGCUUGAAGCUGGUGUAAUCACUGCCGUCAGUGCAGGAAGUGCAGGCUCUGUCGCUGCUGUAGUCACUACACCAAUUGACGUGGUGAAGACACGCAUCAUGCUUGCUGCUGCCGCUGCAAUUUCGUCUGGCGAUACCGCGCCCGCUUCUCCAGAUUCCCAUCACCCGAAUCAUUACCAUCACCAGCGGAAAGCAGAGAUGCAAGCUUCUGGCAACAACCCUAUCUUGCUUCGGCAGCAGGAGAAAGAAGCUCUGCAAAAGCAUCAUCAACAGAGACCUGGUGCCAUAGCCAUUGGAAAGGAGAUUUUGCGCAGCGAGGGCAUGCGUGGGCUAUGGCGCGGAGGCGCUCUUCGUGGCGUCUGGACCGCGCUCGGUAGCGGGUUGUACUUGGGCGCCUACGAAAGUGGUCGGGUAUGGCUCGGUGCUCGAUCCAGUCUUGAGGGCGAGAAGAUUGCAUAGAAGACCUUUUAACAGUAGAUGGGCGUUUGAAACACCUGAUAUAUCAGCAUUUUAAUAACCUACCUAGUCUCAUGCGGAAGCAGAUAGGCUCAUAGAUACUAUAUUUGUAGAAUAAUUCUCUUUUUCCAGAGUUGGACCACGAAAUAAGGAUAGUAC